AUGAAUGGUUUAGGGGUUUGGGCUAAGCUUGGUGUCACUUCCCUAAGGUUCGGGAAAAGUCAACUUGCUCCCCGGACUUUCAAUCUUAACCUUUUCGUUAAGGCAAGCCAGUCAUUUAACCGAGGUCUCACAACUUCGCUGAUAACCCAGAAUUCACAUAAUAUCUCCUCAAAAGUAGUAUCUAGCAAGCUUAAAGCCAAAGAGUUAAUCAAUAAAUCAAAAGAUUUACAGUCAAAAAUAUCAGCCCCAAUAAAAAAUAUUCUUCCAAAGCAUGAGAAUAUCUACACCUUACCAAACUUCCUCACUUUAACUAGAAUAGCUGCAGCUCCACUAAUAGGGUACUUCAUUGUUAAGCAGCAGAUUUCAUUUGCCUUGCCAUUUUUUAUCUAUUCAUGUAUUACUGAUUUUGUUGAUGGUUACAUUGCUAGAAAGUAUAACUUGAAGACAAUUGUCGGUUCGAUUAUUGAUCCAAUGGCAGACAAGCUUUUGAUGAUCAUAACUACCACGUCUCUAGCGAUUUCCAACUAUGAUUUUCCAAUGUAUUUGGCGGUUUUAAUCUUGGGUAAAGAUAUUCUAAUGGGGAUCUCUGCCAUAUUUAUUCGGUACAAGUCGUUACCACCGCCAAAGACAUUUAUGAGAUAUUGGGACUUCAGCAUACCCAGCGUUAAAGUCUUUCCUACUACAAUCUCGAAGUACAAUACGGCAUUUCAAAUGGUCUAUGUAGUGUUAGCCAUAUUCAAGCCCGUUGUUGAGCCAACUAUCGGUGAUGUUGAUACUCUAUCGUUGAUGAACAUGCUCUUCGAGUAUUAUGGCUACUUUGUUGGGUUCACCACUGUCCUUGGAGGAAGCUCUUAUUUAUUUAGCAAAAAUGCUGUCAAGUGGGUCAAACAAAACUAG